UUGUCCCUCCAUUUCCCUUUAUCCCUCCCUCUCUGUCCCUCCCCCAUCCCCGGAGAUUGUGUAGAUGCAGGAAAUGCCCCUGGGAUGGACACGAUGGUGCUGGCCUACCCGUCUGUGCCUCGCCAGCCAUUGGUGGAUCCGAGCAGUUACAGCACGGAGCCGUUCGCCCAGGGCCUGACACCUCCCCGGCUACCUGGUGAUCACAUGCAUCCUUACGAUUCCGAUGGAGUGUUCCACAAUAUGGAUCAGGAUGGCUCCCUCAGUCACCUGGGAGAUUGUCUCCUGGGUCCAUCAGAGUCGAACCACCUCCCAGCCCGAGUUGGGAACCCCAUCGAUAGGCUGUACUCCAUGCAGGAUUCCUACUUCACCUCCUGAUCUGCAGCAAAAAACCCAUCUGGCUUCAUUCCAAGGCCUCAGCACUAGAUAUCUUGUCAUCGCUAUUGCUUCUCUUUGGCCUUUAGACCUUGCCCUGAGCCAUGAGGGGCACAUCGCCAUUCUCCUUGGCUUGACCAAUACAGAUUCUUCCACAAGGACUGAGUAUUGUUGGAAACACGCAAACAAAAACUCCAGCAUCUGCACAUUGCAAUGUUGCCAGCAGCUCUGACUAGAUCAUAUCCAAGUGUAGAGUUCAGAGAGAAGCAACUCCCCACUCUAGAAGUUAGCGCUCCUCGGUCAUGGUGUUACCCUGUGUCUCAUCUGUUUCUCAUGUUCCUGAUUAAACAUAGGUUAGGAAUAAUCUCUCUAUUCAGAUCUCCACUUUGUUUGCGAUGUAACAAUGAAUGGGGAGCAAUGUUUGCUAGUCAGAACACCAACAUCGCCCUGUCGAACAUUUACCUGGUUUUCACAUACUGCUACAAUAGAAUUAGAUGUGACCAGUGCUGGGGAGAAGACCUUUUCAAGAAAGGGAUCAGGCUGCCCUAGUGCGAUACUGUUGCAGUCAGGACUCGUUGCCCCUCAGCUUGGAGGAGAAUCAGACUGAGGCAGGAGCCAGGCACUGUGAACCCUGUGAGUAUCCACACCCUCUCCCAUCAGGCCACUCUUCAGUUUGGAUCUUCUGACCUCCAGCCCCUACAUUCAUACCUGAAGUGGACCGACAACUGGCGGACCGAACCACAGAACGCUAACGUGAGCCAGUUUGGAAAUCCCUUCCAUCAGGAGGCAGAUUUUGUGUGGUGUACAUUAUCCCAGUUGCUGCAGACAGAAAGCUUCAGCGUACAUGUUGCUCCCUGUAAUAACCCAGCAAAGUCAUUUGUGGUUGAGCUUCUGCAGCAAGUUGAGUCACUAAAAGAGAGUCAGAAAAUCUCAUUUAAAAAUUCUCUCGUGACGGCAGGAUUUAAUGAACGACUGGUGAACAGCCGAGUGUUCAUUUUGAAGUUAACUCCCAAUCGGCCAAUGAGGGAAUUUGCCACUGACAGGUGGUGGUGGUUGGCAUAAAGUAGCCAUCACUGCUGGCCAAGAACGUCUAAUACCAAGUAAUUGGACUUCAACUAAACAGGGAUGGUCUCUACAUUAAAUAUCUGAUUACUGAUGAGUUGGAUGGUCUUCAAUAUUGAUUGAGGGGUCGUGAUCUUCAGGGUGGAUCAAUUCAAUUGCUAUUUAAAGAGUUCCAAGGUAAUGAAGUGGAGCUAGGUUUCAAUGUGAUUGUGGAUAUCAAGCUGUUAGAAGCAGGAAGUGGUCAUCUGGACUCAGCACAGCCCCAGGAAGAUUGCAAUAUUUGUCUGCUUAUACAGGAGAUACAUUUAGAACUAGGCAGAUCUCAUUCUUUUCCAUUUUCUAGACUUUUAUUCCAUGAGGAAAGCAAUGCUGAAUCCUGUUCCCCGUGGCAACCAGCAAAAGUUGGAAGUACCUGAAAUAUUACCCGGCAGAGAUGAACGGGAUAACUCCGUGAAGCUGUGAGGAGCGUCUUAAACAGGUUACGGAGAAUCUGAUGAAGUCAGGAUGAUUCCCUGGAUCUCACACGGGGUGGUCUAAUGCAGGUGGGCGUAUUCCUGGAGGUUUGGACACAUGACUUGUAGCUAAGCAUCCUGGCCCCUUUGCUCCAUCCUGCCUCAGAGCGUGUCACCUUCCCAGAUCAAUGAGGAAGCAACAGUACUCCACUACCUCACUGGAUAAACUGGGCCUGACAAAGGAACUUCCUGCUCCCAGCCCCAACUGUUCAAAACCAAGAGGAUGUGUGUGUCACUGGCUGGGCCCAAUAAUUAUUGCCUGUCCCUAGUUGGCU